GGCGGUGGCGGAGCCGGCCGGAGCCUGCGGCGGGCGCGGGGAUGGUGCGCUGAUGCUGGGCAGAGCCGCAUCCCCGCUGCAGAGAGAGCUCGAUACCACAGCAACAAUAUUGGCGAACCGGCAAGAUGAAAGUGAGCAGUCCAGGAAAAAACUUAUCGAGCAAAGUCGUGAGUUCAAGAAAAACACUCCAGAGGACCUGCGCAAACAGGUAGCUCCGUUACUGAAGAGUUUCCAGGGAGAGAUUGACGCACUGGGCAAACGAAGCAAAGAAGCAGAGGCAGCCUUCUUGAAUGUUUAUAAGAGAUUAAUUGAUGUUCCAGAUCCGGUUCCAGCCUUGGAUUUAGGACAGCAGCUUCAGCUGAAGGUUCAACGCAUGCACGAUAUUGAAACAGAGAACCAGAAACUUAGGGAAACUCUAGAGGAGUACAACAAAGAAUUCGCCGAGGUGAAAAAUCAGGAGGUUACAAUAAAAGCACUUAAAGAGAAAAUCCGAGAAUAUGAGCAGACCCUGAAGAACCAAGCGGAGAACAUAGCCCUUGAAAAGGAACAAAAGUUACAAAAUGAUUUUGCAGAGAAGGAGAGAAAAUUGCAGGAGACGCAGAUGUCGACAGCCUCGAAGCUGGAGGAGGCCGAACACAAAGUUCAAACUUUGCAAACAGCCUUGGAAAAAACCAGGACAGAACUAUUUGAUCUGAAAACAAAAUACGAUGAAGAAACUACUGCAAAGGCUGAUGAAAUCGAGAUGAUCAUGACAGACCUUGAAAGAGCAAAUCAGAGGGCAGAGGUGGCUCAGAGAGAGGCAGAGACCUUAAGGGAGCAGCUCUCAUCAGCUAACAAAUCUCUCCAACUUGCUACGCAGAUCCAGAAGGCACCUGAUGUGGAACAGGCCAUCGAGGUGCUAACACGGUCCAGCUUGGAAGUAGAACUGGCUGCGAAGGAGCGGGAGAUCGCCCAGCUCGUGGAAGAUGUCCAGAGACUCCAGGGCAGCCUCACCAAGCUGAGGGAGAACUCCAGCAGCCAAAUCUCCCAGCUGGAGCAGCAGCUGACGGCCAAGAACAGCACACUCAAACAACUGGAAGAAAAACUGAAAGGACAGGCUGAUUAUGAAGAGGUUAAGAAAGAAUUAAAUAUAUUGAAAUCCAUGGAGUUUGCACCAUCUGAAAGCUCUGGUGGGCAGGAUGCUUCCAAACCGCUGGAGGUGCUGCUGCUGGAGAAGAACCGCUCGCUGCAGUCGGAGAACGCCACGCUGCGCAUCACCAACAGCGACCUGAGCGGGUCAGCCAGGAGAAAAGGGAAAGACCAGCCUGAGAGUCAGCGUCCUGCAACCUUGCCGGCCUCCCCUCCUUCCCAGUUGCUCCGCAACGCGGGGGAGCAGGCUUCCAAUACUAAUGGUACACACCAGUUCUCACCAACGGGUUUAAGUCAAGACUUUUUCAGCUCAUCCCUGGCGAGCCCCAGCUUACCCCUGGCCUCCACAGGAAAAUUUGCACUAAACUCUCUCCUCCAGCGACAGCUAAUGCAGUCCUUCUACUCCAAGGCAAUGCAGGAAGCAGGAAGCACAAGCAUGAUUUUUCCAACAGGUCCAUACAGCACAAACUCCAUAUCUUCCCAAAGUCCAUUACAACAAAGCCCGGAUGUUAAUGGCAUGGCCCCGUCUCCCAGCCAGUCAGAAAGUGCUGGGAGCAUCUCUGAAGGCGAGGAGAUAGACACGGCCGAAAUUGCACGUCAGGUGAAAGAGCAGUUGAUCAAGCACAAUAUUGGACAGCGGAUAUUUGGACAUUAUGUGUUGGGACUGUCGCAAGGGUCUGUGAGUGAGAUCCUGGCCCGGCCAAAGCCAUGGAAUAAACUGACUGUGAGAGGCAAGGAGCCAUUUCAUAAGAUGAAGCAGUUCCUCUCGGACGAGCAGAACAUCUUGGCUCUUCGCAGCAUCCAGGGUAGACAAAGAGAGAAUCCAGGCCAGAACCUGAACAGACUAUUUCAGGAAGUACCGAAACGAAGAAAUGGGUCUGAAGGUAAUAUAACCACAAGAAUCCGAACCACAGAGACUGGCUCAGAUGAAGCCAUCAAAUCCAUUCUCGAACAAGCCAAAAGGGAGCUGCAAGUACAGAAAACAGCUGAGCCGGCUCAGCCGCCUUCUGCCUCUAGCAGUGGCAAUUCUGAUGAUGCUAUUCGAUCCAUUCUGCAACAAGCCCGACGGGAAAUGGAGGCACAGCAGGCUGCCCUUGAACCUGCCUUAAAAACACCACCUUUAUCUCAAGCUGACAUUUCUAUCCUGUCCCCCAAACUAGUGUCUACACCUGCAAUGUCUUCGGUUUCCAGCUAUUCUCCUUUGGCCAUAUCCCUGAAGAAACAUUCAUCUGUCACUGAUUCCAGUAUCUCUGCAUUGCAGAACCUCUCUGGGCUCAAAAAGGAGCCUCAGGAGGCACCUGUUUUAGAGCUUCAUGGAAUAAGUGAUUCCGCCCAGGGUAUGUUGAGGCAUGUUAAAAAUGAGUUGGGACGUGGUGGUGUUUGGAAGGACCAUUGGUGGAAUACUGUGCAGCAUGAGAGAAGAAAUGCAGCUCUUCCCGAAGAUAUAAAAGUUGAGGAAGCCAGUGGUGGAAAAGAAAAGGUCAGCAAUCAGACUAGGCCAGAUCGUAGCCAGCUCCAAGGACCGUCUUCUUCCGAGUAUUGGAAAGAGUGGCCAAACGCGGAAUCUCCGUACUCCCAGAGUUCCGAAUUGAGCAUGACUGGGGCGAGUCGCAGUGAGACACCACAAAAUAGCCCCCUCCCUUCAUCCCCUAUCGUGUCCUUGUCCAAGCCAUCCAAACCUUCGGUUCCUCCACUGACACCCGAGCAGUAUGAGAUUUAUAUGUACCAGGAGGUGGAUACGAUAGAGCUAACGCGGCAGGUCAAGGAAAAGCUAGCAAAGAAUGGCAUCUGCCAAAGGAUCUUUGGGGAAAAGGUAUUGGGGCUGUCCCAAGGAAGUGUCAGUGACAUGCUCUCCAGGCCAAAGCCAUGGAGUAAAUUGACCCAAAAAGGCCGAGAACCAUUUAUUCGUAUGCAGCUCUGGUUGAAUGGUGAGCUGGGACAGUGUGUCCUGCCCGCACAAGGGCAGCAACAAGGACAAGUCCUUCACUCUGUGACAUCAUUACAGGAUUCCCUACAGCAGGGAUGUGCAAGCUCAGAAAGUACUCCAAAGACUUCUGCCAGUUGCAGUCCUGCUCCUGAAUCUCCCAUGAGUUCCAGUGAAUCGGUGAAAAGCCUGACUGAAUUGGUACAGCAGCCCUGCCCCGCUAUAGAGACGAGUAAGGACGGCAAAUCCCAAGAAUCCAGCGAGCCGCCUGCUUCCGAAUCCCAGUCCAGCACCCCUUUGCCGCUGUCAGGCCACUCGGCACUGAGCAUCCAGGAACUGGUGGCCAUGUCCCCCGAGCUGGACACUUAUGGCAUCACAAAGAGGGUCAAGGAAGUGCUAACGGACAACAAUCUUGGUCAGCGUUUGUUCGGGGAGACAAUCCUGGGCCUGACACAAGGCUCUGUCUCAGACCUUCUGGCUCGCCCGAAGCCCUGGCACAAGCUGAGUCUGAAGGGACGGGAACCCUUUGUCCGCAUGCAGCUGUGGCUGAACGAUCCCAACAACGUGGAGAAGCUGAUGGAUAUGAAACGAAUGGAGAAAAAAGCCUACAUGAAACGGCGGCACAGCUCUGUCAGCGACAGUCAGUCCUGCGAGUCCUCAUCCGCUGGAAUCGACUACAGCCAGGGGGCCAGCCCACAGCCCCAGCACCAGCUCAAGAAGCCCCGGGUGGUGCUGGCACCAGAGGAGAAAGAAGCUCUGAAACGAGCCUACCAGCAAAAGCCAUACCCAUCACCAAAAACCAUUGAGGAACUCGCUACGCAGCUCAACUUGAAAACCAGCACCGUGAUCAACUGGUUCCACAAUUACAGGUCUCGCAUCCGCCGGGAGCUGUUCAUUGAGGAGAUCCAAGCCGGGAGCCAGAGCCAGGCCGGGUCGAGCGACUCCCCUUCGGCCAGGAGCAGCAGGGCGGCUCACAGCUCCGAGGGGGACAGCUGCGACGGCGUGGACGCGGAAGGCCCUCCCGAGGGGAAGUCGAGUGGCCCGGAGGCGGAUGAGUACAGCAAUGCAACCGCAAAGUCUCAGGGAGGGCCCGCCGAGCCGGCUUUCGAGGCGGGGGAAGAGGCACUGCGAGGCGCCAGGUCUUCGGAGAAAGCGGAGCCGUUCCAGGCCGAGAGCCUGGAGGACACCGACGACGAGGGCCGGCUCAGAGCACCGCGCCAGAGCUCCCCGCCGGCACCGCAGCGCCCGGGAGAAGCUCUGGAGACACUGCCAAACUCUGCCACGGAAGGGGAUGCCUCUACCUCAGCUGCCUCCACCUCAGUCCUUACGGGGGAGAGCUCCUACAAGUCAAAAGAAAGUUCGGAGAAAACCUCCAGUGUGCCAAGUACGAGCUCGACGCCGGCCACAGGCUCGCAGAAAGCCAACUCUCUCCAGAGCUUGUUCGGCUUCUCGGAGGCGGCGAGCUCCAGGAACACGCGAGACAGCUCCUUGAGGAAAAAGAAAGCGGCCAACUUGAACAACAUCAUCCACCGCCUGGAGAAGGCCGCGAGUCGGGAAGAGGCCGUCGAGUGGGAGUUUUGAGAUUAAACUGGCCCAACUCGGGAGAGCUGGGAAGUCAAACUGGACCUCUACUGGUUUUAUUGUGUUCGCACUUAACCGCCCUGCGGGCCACAGGGCAAAAACGCCAUAGGCCAAGGUGCAUAUAGAAAUCAAAAAGGAGCGUUAAGCCCAAUUUAUGUUUGUGUUUUCGAGGAAGAAAACUGAAAAUGUGUAGUCGAGCUUUUUUGUACCCUGAAGUGUUUUUAUUAUUGCCCUAAGUGAUUUCCACAGUUUCUGGAAUAACUCAUACAGCUUUGCCUUGUGCCCUCCUCUUUGGUGUGGGGCUUUAAAAAAAUGAAAAACGGAAAAAAAAAAAAAAAAAAAAAAAACUUAAAAAAAAAAAAAAAAACUAAAAAAAAAUCAAACCCACAUAUUAUAAGGGGGCUUUUUAUCUGCCAUCUAAUGGCUACAGAGCGAUAAUACACUAUUAUCUUCUUAAACCAGGAAAAAGGGGAGAUUUUUCAAAAAAAAGAAAAAAAAAGAAAGUUUUUUGUAGCUGUUCAGUUGCCACUAAGAGAUUGCACAGUCAACCGACUCUAAACACACUAGUUUGGAUUCCUACAUAUUUUCAAGAAAAGAAAAGAAUCUUGUUGUUUGAAACUUUGAAUUAAAAAAAAAAAAAAACACAUUUACUCCACAUAUUUUUUAA